GGACUUUGUUUGGGUAGCUUUGCUUUUCUUCUCGUCAGCCUGGAAAUCAGUUUUAGAAAAUUUCAAAAUUUAAAUACAGACUAAGAUCUAGUCAGUAACUUUCAUUCGCUUCUUUGAGUAUAUCCUAAGAUGGAGGAGGACCUGGAGUUCCUUAUCAACGCCCUGUCGGUGCCAAAUACUCCGUUGACCGAGCCUUACGACGAAAAUCAGCUGCUGGAUAUGCGUGAAUCCUUCAAGACGCUGCAGAGACUCCUUCGUCGCAGUUCCUUGCCGGACGAGGCCAGUCUGCGCUCCAUGCCGAGAUCGAAGGCCGGAGGAGAUACGGACAGGCUGGAGGGACGGGCCCUCACCUCCAUGUUGGCACUUACGAAGGAUUACGAGGGGACCAGCGAAAAGAACAGUGGUUCCCCGGUGUGGAACUCGGCGGAUAGUGGAGCCCGUUCGUCGCCCAUUAUUUCGGAGUGCGGCCUGCGAGAAUGGGAUCGGGAUAGCAGUUCUCCUGAUAAUGAUGACAUGGCACUGGUGCCAUACGAGGAACUUGACAAUGAGCGAAGCAGCUCGGAAACUACGAUUACUGGACAUUUUUACUCGUCAUCAGGAAUCUCGAUCAGCAUUCCCGUAAACUUGGUGUGGAACAACCGCGACUACAAUUCGCAGACAACGGACAGUGAAACCACCAUAAAAGCUGACGGGUUCAGGUACACUCUCCGAAAUUAGGUUCUCGUAACUCUUGAUCUGCAUAGUUAUUUUUCGAAAAGGGGUAUGUUUUCAAGAUUUAGGCAAGUAGGGCUAUUUUUUAGGCUUUUCUGAAUAGGUGGCCUCAUAUAUUUUUAAGUAAAUGGUAAAUAAAUCGUAAAUGCACCCAGUC